GUUUGGCAGCGGCCAAUUGACAAGUGGGUAACGAUGGGUUGUAAUUCUGUGUUUACGAUGGCGCCUCUUACUGACGACGCCGGCGAAGCGUGUGGGAAUAUACGUGCUAGCAAUGGAUUUUCUCCUUUGCAUAUCGCUGUGAAGCGCCGCCAUCAAGAAGUAACUCGUCUUAUUUUGGGCGAUGGAAAGCCUUUACUCAGUGAUCCAAACUCUUUUUCGAAGAAUCUUUUUACACCUUUACAUCUUGCUGCUCAACACGCAACUAAGGAUAUAGCUAAUAUGCUUAUUUCGGCAGGCAGUUACAGACAGGCCUAA